AAGCCGUGUAAUACUUCUGUCCGGACAGUGGCUUGUGAUCAGCUGGAUCAUUUGAAAGUCUUGAAAGUUAAUAAUUAUUUCUCCUUCAAUAUGGCAGUGUUCGUGUUGUUGAUGUUUCUUAUGUUUUCUAAAAGUGUUUUAUGUCAAGAAUCAUUAACUAUGGCAUGCAACACCGAUGAUAUCGCUUGUCUAAGCAAAGCUACCGAAUUAUUCCUAGAAAAAACGCACAAAGGAAUACCCGCUUAUAAUAUUGUGACCAUAGAUCCCUUAGUUAUACCUUCAUACGAGUUUGCGUUUGAUGACGAAAACUUGAAAUAUAAGUAUACUACUUUGACCGUGACAGGAUUACGGCAUCAGAAAAUAUCGGAUUUUAAAAUGGACACCAAAGCAAAGUCAGUAGUGCUCACGACUCAAGCCGAUUUAGAUAUGGUCGGUAAUGUAGAUAUAACACUCACCAAGUCAUCGAGGACCCUAUCAGGACAUUAUAAGUUGCAUGCAAGAAUAUUAGGCACAGCUACCUACAACUACGAACUUAAGACAGACGAAAAAGGAGUCAAUCAUUUCCAUGUCGGCCCAGAGAAAAUCACUUGCAAAGUUGCCGAGAAUCCGACAGCUGUAUUAUCCCCUGAGUUUCAGCAGAUUCUGUCUAAUGAUCCUGAAGCCAAAACAUACAACGAUGAGAAGCGAAUGGAGUUAAGAAAAAGGAUGGCUUGCAAAAUUGCGGAGAAAGCCUACACUAACGUCGUUCAUAACAUCAGAGCAGCUGCCAAAGCAGUACCGUCGUCAGCUUUCUUUAACAAUAUCCAAUAAAAAUAUGUAAUGCGUUAUAUAAUAUAUUUUAACAUUCGAUAAAUAUUUAUGGUUUUGAAUCGAAAUAGUCCUGUAUUUUUGACUGAUAACAACAAAAAGUUUUGUCUGAUAAAAAGGCUAAAAUCAUAUUAUACCUAAUACUCGUAUGUUUUCAAAACACGUGCAACAGUGAAGUCGUAUCAAUUUGUGUUGCGUUUUAGUUGAAUAAAUUCUGAGUUAAAAGUU